AUGGAGCAUGCCUUGGUUACUCGAACGCAUGGUCGAUAUUGGACCGUACGACGAUUGUCGGGUACAUCAGUACUUACAUUCCUGUUGCUGAUAGCAGUCGGUCUGAACAUAGGCCGGGUGCGUCAAUUGAUUAUUUACGAGGACCUGAAUGUAUUGGCGUACUUGGAUAUCCCCCUUCAGGUUGAGACCACUGAAGAUCAUUUUUUAUUUCAGCGAAACGCGGAAGAGCUGUCCAUGGACGAAUACCCAGUCAAAUUCAAUACAUUGAAAAGCACAGAUCGGCUGCAAAAUGUCACACCAUCACCCUUGUUGACAAAGACAGAUGGUAUCCUUUCCACGGAAAAGGGGUCCGUUGAAGCGGCUAUUGCGACAAAGGAUGGUGCGUCGACCACAGUCGCUUUGUCUCGACCAACCGACCGUACGCUUCGUUUUCCUACAGUAGCUGAGCGGGUUCGGUUUUACAUGUCGUCUUGGUACGAACCACCCUGCAGCGAAGUGGACCUUUUACAAGUUGUGCAGCAUACUGGUAGUAAGCUAAACAGCGAAAUGGGGGAUACGACGAUUGUCACGAACGGAGGCAACCCGGUCAUUGAAUUUGGAGGCCACGAGAAACGAGUAUAUCCUUCUUUUUCACUGCAGCGUCGAAUGCAGUCCACGAACAACUCCCUCUCGGUGGUCUUGAGAGCAAGGGCAAUGGCUGGGGGAAAUGUUAUCUUUGCUUUAGACAAGACGUCGCUUGAUGUAUGCCAAUUUGGUCCCCAACCAAAGAAAAUUUUAUGGCAGGUAUACUGUCCAGAGCUCCGGGACAAGUUGUUGCUACCGUAUUUAGCUGCAAACCAAACCAAGUUGGCCGGCAAAGCAAAGAGUGGAGACGAAAAGACGCUCAUACUCGCCCAAGUUGGUGAUGCUUUGGCUACCAGAGUUUUAAAUGACUUAGGAGAAAUCAGGCAUCAAUCGCCCAAACCCUCUGUUCCUCAUUUCAAAAAGGUACGAUCUGCCUGGGAAGACAAGGAUGGAAGAGAAUCCUUGUUGAAUGCAUCACCAGUGGCUUGUUCCACGUUACAGAGCCGACGAACCAACCACCAAAACUUGGAACCAAUUAUUUGGAAAAUGGAAAUUGACCGGCAUUACGGUGCAGUCCACCAAAUCACAGAAGUUGAUAUUCCUUGGGAUCAAAAACGGAAUGUAGGCGUUUUUCGCGGGGCCACCACCGGGAAUGUGAACCAACGUUUACCAAUGCGCGAGCGCUGCCUGGAAAACCAACGUUGUCAACUUGUACUCAUGUACCAUAAUUCAUCCUUUGUGGAUGCCAAGUUUACCAAUGUCCUAAAGCAAAGCAAACUACCAACCGAAUUUGAUGGCAUAACAAUGACCGGCAGUCGCUUUCAACUGGAUAAACUUUUGGAAUUCAAGGUGUUGAUAUUUUUAGAAGGAAAUGACGUUUCUUCUGGGCUCAAGUGGGGGUUGUACUCCAAUUCGGUUGUACUGAUAAACAAGCCCUCCGUAUCGUCAUGGGCAAUGGAAGAACUGUUAGAGCCGUGGGUGCAUUAUGUGCCUCUGAAAGAUGAUCUUACGGACGCAGAAACCCAAAUAAAGUGGGUCAUCGAGCACGAUAGAGAGGCAAAGGAAAUUGCGAUUCGGGGACAGCUUUGGAUUCACGACCUUUUGUUUGACAAGCAUUCAGAAAGAGACAACGCUGCAAUCAACCAGGAAAUACUUAGCCGAUACGAGGCACAUUUUCGACCAGGGAUUGAACAAGAGAAUGGGCAACCAAACUUGGAGAAUUAG